GAGGGUGGGGAAGGGAGGAGAGAAGAUGGGGCAAUUGUCCAACCUUGUGGAGGGCAGUAUAAAAGGCUCCCACUCUGGGGAAGAGCCACAGUCUUCGGCCCAGGCCAAGCCCAGCUCCCGUCCACACCUGCUCCUCAUCUUGCUCUCACCAUGAGCUGUCGCCUGCAGGGCUCCUCUGCCAGCUAUGGAGGUGGUUUCGGGGGUGGCUCUUGUCAGCUGGGAGGAGGCCGCAGUAUCUCUACUUGCUCAACCCGCUUUGUCUCUGGGGGAUCAGCUGGGGGAUACGGGGGUGGCAUGAGCUGCGGCUUCGGUGGGGGUGCUGGUAGUGGUUUUGGGGGUGGCUUCGGUGGAGGGGCUGGUAGUGGUUUCGGCGGAGGCUUCGGAGGUGGCUUCGGAGGUGGCUUCGGAGGUGGCUUUGGUGGGGGUUUUGGCGGCGGCUUUGGUGACUACGGUGGUGGCGAUGGCGGCCUCCUCUCUGGCAAUGAGAAGAUCACCAUGCAGAACCUCAACGACCGCCUGGCCUCCUACCUGGACAAGGUGCGUGCCCUGGAGGAGGCCAACACCGAGCUGGAGGUGAAGAUCCGAGACUGGCACCUGAAGCAGAGCCCCAGCAGCCCGGAGCGGGACUACAGCCCCUACUACAAGACCAUCGAGGAGCUCCGGGACAAGAUCCUGGCGGCCACCAUCGACAAUAACCGGGUCAUUCUGGAGAUUGACAACGCCAGGCUGGCGGCAGACGACUUCAGGCUCAAGUAUGAGAACGAGCUGACCCUGCGCCAGAGCGUGGAGGCCGACAUCAAUGGCCUGCGCCGGGUGCUGGACGAGCUGACCCUGUCCAAGACCGAUCUGGAGAUGCAAAUUGAGAGCCUGAAUGAGGAGCUAGCCUACCUGAAGAAGAACCAUGAGGAGGAGAUGAAGGAGUUCAGCAACCAGAUGGUAGGCCAGGUCAACGUGGAGAUGGAUGCCACCCCGGGCAUUGACCUGACCCGUGUGCUGGCAGAGAUGAGGGAGCAGUACGAGGCCAUGGCGGAGAAGAACCGACGGGACGCCGAGGAAUGGUUCCACAGCAAGAGUGCAGAGCUGAACAAGGAAGUGUCUACUAACACUGCCAUGAUUCAGACCAGCAAGACAGAGAUCACGGAGCUCAGGCGUACGCUCCAGGGCCUGGAGAUCGAGCUGCAGUCCCAGCUCAGCAUGAAAGCCGGGCUGGAGAGCACGCUGGCGGAUACGGAGUGCCGCUAUGCACUGCAGCUGCAGCAAAUCCAGGGGCUCAUUAGCAGCAUCGAGGCCCAGCUGAGUGAGCUGCGCAGUGAGAUGGAGUGCCAGAACCAGGAGUACAAGAUGCUGCUGGACAUCAAGACGCGGCUGGAGCAGGAGAUCGCCACCUACCGCAGCCUGCUGGAGGGCCAGGAUGCCAGGAUGGCUGGCUUAACUUCCUCAGGAGGAAGCACCAGCGUCUCCAUCACCACCACCUCUUCCAGCCGUACUUCAGACACCCGCAGGCCUUAGAUCCACCGGGCUUCCUCUCCCUCUGUCCUCAGCAUCCAGGGGAGAGAGCUGAUGGGUCCCUGUAGGAGAGAAGGAGAGACCACAGGAUGCUCAGUCACUCCUGCUCUAGGCCCCCCUGCCUUGCACUAUCCAGAGGGCAGGCCUUCAUGCUUCUCUCCUGGUGUGCUUCCUCUUCUCCUUCACCUGGCUACUCUGAUUUCUCAGCUUCUCUACUAAAGAGAAAAGUUAAUCCAAUAAAGUUUCCUGCCUUUUUGCAAAUGUA